AGGUGCCUGCCCGCUCCGACUGGUCCAAGCUUCGGCCCCGGCAGCUUCCAGUUUUGACGCCAACCUCGCCCGCUCUGUUAUCAUCAAUUCCCACGAGGGCCGCCCAGUCCGUGACAAGCCAACUUUUUCAACACCGGUUCUCUCCCCCACCGAGUGAUGCGUAUACAGACGUAGAGGUUAGACCUCAAGUACCCGCCCUUCCCUCACGCCUGGCCCGCCUUUCUUUUCGCUCUCUGCCGUAUCGCCUCGCCGGCCACUUAUCGACGCCUCGUACGAGGAGUCAACGAGCCCUUUCGCUCCUCGUGUCACCCACGACUUCCCCUCCAACAUCCCCUACAACAUGGCUGCCACCGUCGCCUUCCGCUCAACGAGGGGCGGCCUGCUCCAAUUCGGCGUCAAAGCCUUCCGACCUAUGCUGUUCACCCGACGAAACCUCUCUUCAUACAUCGUCUCCCCCAAAGAACUCCACGAAGCCCUCAACAAGAACCCCCCCUCGCCAAUCAGCACCGACCCUCGAGUAAUCCCUCUCUGCGCCUCGUGGUUCCUCCCCAACGAUGAGCGGACAGGAAUCCAAACAUUCCGGGAGCAGCGGAUUCCCAAAGCUCGAUUCUUCGACCUGGACAAGGUCAUUGACAAGCGCAGUCCCUACCCUCACAUGUUGCCAGACGCUAAGGGAUUCGCGGCUGCCAUGAGCGAAUUGGGAAUCAGAAAGGAGGACACGGUCGUUGUGUAUGAUACCAAAGAGCUCGGCAUCUUCAGCGCUCCCCGCGUGGGCUGGACCUUGAAGGUGUUUGGUCACGAUAACGUGCAUAUUCUGAACAACUUCAAGCUGUGGGUGGAACAGGGACUCCCCACUGAGUCUGGAGAGCUAUAUAGCGUCGAGUGCUGUCCCUACCCCAUCCCUAGUGUGGAAAACAACCGGGUUGCCAGUUUUGAAGAGGUCAAGCAGCUUGCCAAGGACUAUAACAAGGAGGGAGCCGAGGAAGUUCAGAUCCUCGAUGCCAGACCCAAUGCCCGGUUUACUGGCGAGGCUCCUGAGCCUCGUGAGGGUUUGUCAUCCGGACACAUGCCCGGUUCCAUCAGCAUUCCUUUCAAUGCUGUGCUGGACCCCGAGACCAAGGCCUUCCUUCCCCGCGACCAGCUGAAGAAGGUACUUGAGGGCAAGGGAGUAGACCCGACCAAGCCCAUCAUCUCAAGCUGUGGCACCGGUGUGACUGCCUGCGUCAUUGAGACUGCUCUGGAGGAAGCAGGCCUUGGCACUCCCGAGUCGCGAAGGGUUUACGAUGGAAGUUGGACGGAAUGGGCGCAAAGGGUAAGUCCUUCGGACAACCUGAUUUUGAAGUCGACAAAGGAGUAAGGUUUUAUGGCUUUGAGUUUGGAGAAAGGGCGAGCAGUCAAAGUUGUUGAGUUGCGAUACCCUCGUUAAUGAAUGCCUGGAAUUGCCAGGCGUGUACGAACAGUUGAACACCCAUCCGCUCGUGAUUUAAGUCCAGCAUAUCCUCCUUGGACGUUUGCAUCAGACGCGCAUUUGUUUUCGGUAUUACCCAUCCCCACACUUCUGUAUAGUACAAGGUAUAGCUGCGAAUCAAUCCACGAUGGAGUCAAUUUAAGCAAGGCUUCUUGACUUUAUGUAUUUGCACAAGCGCGGCAUCGGGAAGUCUACAAUCAAUGAAAAGAUAAGUGGCUCAUCUGUG